AUAGUGCAUUAUUUACACCAUUCAUUGGAGGGGUUAAAAUUUAAACUCAGAAUCAAUCGUACCCAUUUUUCUUUCUUGUAAAGAUUUCACCUUGCGAUGGGGAAAUGGGGCAAUUACAACGGUGGUUUACUUCAUAUUGCUCUGUUUUUUAGUUUUGUGCAGGUUUCUUGGAGCAGGGGGAGUUGGGAUGGAGUAAUGGUGACCCGCGAGGAUUACGAGGCGCUGAGCCGCGUGAAGAGCGAGCUAAUCGAUUUCCGGGGAGUUCUGACGAGCUGGAGUAACGGCAGCGGGAUCGCCGGGGCUUGUUCCGGCCGGUGGGCCGGGAUCAAGUGCGUGAGAGGACAGGUGAUUGCCAUAAACCUUCCGUGGAAAGGCCUGGGCGGGAGAAUCUCGGAGAAGAUCGGGGAAUUGCAGGCUCUGAGGAAGCUCAGCCUCCACGACAAUGUCAUCGGCGGCUCCAUUCCGGCGGCCAUCGGUCUCCUCCCCAACCUCAGGGGACUCCACCUCUUCAACAACCGGAUCUCGGGUCGGGUCCCGCCGUCGCUCGGGCGAUCCCCUGUUCUUCAGACACUGGAUCUGAGCAACAAUCAGCUAAGUGGGAAUCUCCCUCCCAGUCUCGGAAACCCCACCCGGCUUUUCAGGCUGAAUCUGAGCUUCAAUUAUCUGUCUGGAUCAAUCCCAGUGAGUCUCAGUCAGUCCCCUUCUCUUGUGUUUCUUUCCCUUCACCAUAAUAAUCUCUCCGGCCCUAUUCCCGACACUUGGGGAGCUGGUAACAAGACCCUUCUGGUUCUUGAUUUGUCCAAUAAUGCCAUCAAUGGCAGCUUCCCCUCCAGUUUUACCAAACUCGCAGCUCUCACAACCCUGAAUUUGGGGAGCAAUAAGAUCGCCGGUGGGAUCCCGGAGUCGAUUCGGAAUAUCUCCGGCCUGGCCGUUCUUGAUCUGUCCAAGAACGAGUUCAGCGGCGAAAUCCCGAAAUCGAUUCCUUCUUUGCCAAACUUGACAUCUCUAAACGUCUCCUACAAUCUCCUCUCUGGGCCCGUCCCGUUUCUUCUCUCCAAGAAAUACAAUUCAAGCGCUUUUGUUGGGAAUCCCAAUCUUUGUGGGUAUUCCCCUUCUGCUCCGUGCCCUUCUCCUCCGGCGGCUCCCCCGUUGUCGCAAGCCCCUUCUUCUUCGUUUCCGACCAGCCGAGGACAUCGGAAGCUAAGCACGAAGGACAUAAUUCUGAUAGCCGCCGGAGUACUUUCAAUCCUCCUGCUAAUCCUCUGCUGCACGCUUCUCGUCUGCUUGAUCAAGAAGAAGGUAAGCGGCGGCGGCGGGAAGGAAGCUCCGGCCGCAGCCGCGGGAGGAGGGGCGGCAACCGGAAAAGCCGCAGGAGGCGGGGAGAAAGAAGGCGGGGCAGGGGAGACAGGGGGCGGGGGGAAACUGGUGCACUUCGACGGGCCGUUGGCGUUCACGGCGGACGACUUGCUGUGCGCGACGGCGGAGAUAAUGGGGAAGAGCACGUACGGGACGGCGUACAAGGCGACGCUGGAGGACGGGAAUCAGGUGGCGGUGAAGAGGCUGAGGGAGAGGAUCACAAAGGGGCAGAGAGAGUUCGAGCAGGAGGUGUGCGAGCUGGGGAAAAUCAGGGACCCCUACAUCUUGGCUCUCAGAGCUUAUUAUUUGGGCCCUAAAGGAGAGAAGCUUCUUGUCUAUGAUUACAUGUCUAAUGGCAGCCUUUCCUCCUUCCUCCAUGCUAGAGGGCCGGAAACAGGCAUAGAUUGGGCGACAAGGAUGAGCAUAGCAAUGGGCAUUACACGCGGCCUCUGUUUCCUCCACUCCAAAGAGAACAACAACAACAACAUCGUACACGGAAACCUCACCUCAACCAACAUCCUCCUCGACGACUCCAACCAUCCCAGGAUCGGAGACGUCGGACUGUCCAGGCUCAUGACCAGCGCCGGCAACGCCAACGUCGUCGCCACCGCCGCCGCGUCCGGGUACCGCGCGCCGGAGUUCUCCAAGCUCAAGAACGCCAGCGCCAAGACGGACGUGUACAGCCUCGGAGUGAUCCUGCUGGAGCUGCUGACGGGGCGGUCCCCCGGGGAGGCGACGGCGGCCGGCGGGACGGACUUGCCGGCGUGGGUGGCGUCAAUCGUGAAGGAGGAGUGGACCAACGAGGUGUUCGACGUGGAGCUGAUGAGGGACGCCCCCGCCGCCGGGGAGGAGAUGCUCGAGACCUUGAAACUGGCGCUUCAUUGCGUCGACCCUUCGCCGGCCGCUAGGCCGGAAGCCCGCCAAGUUCUGGAGAAGCUGGAGGAGAUUAAGCCGGAGCUUGCUGCGGCGGCGCAGGCGGCGGCCUCACCUUCACCAGUUCCAGAGAAAACGGAGGAAUGAUCAAUGCAAUUUAAUCAAUACCGAGUAUAAUU